UAUUAACACAACUGUAAUAUGUGAAGCCCCCAAAUCUUCUUCCUUUUGAACAUAUUACAACCCGCAGCUCUCUUUCCAUUGUUUCUCCACUAACUUUUGUAUCUCUCAUCCCUUUCUCCACUCCGGAUCAUUCAACUCCACGAAGCCAUGAAGGAUCUCUGCGAUCUCAAGGUUCGCAUCAAUGGACAGCACACCUUCCUCGUCCAUCAAAGGGUUCUCUGCUCAUUCUCAGGAAGACUGAAGAAGAUGGUGAAGCAAGAGAAGAGGAGAUGCCAAGCAAAGGGCUCAGGGCUAACGAUAAUGGAGUUUCCUGGAGGCCCAGAGGGGUUUGAGCUGGUAUCAAGAUUCUGCUACAACAGUGGGAGAAUUACCAUGAGCCCAGCCAAUGUCAGUGUACUCCACUGCGGCGCCAUCUUCCUCGAGAUGACCGAAGAGUUCUCCACCUGCAAUCUUCUGAGGCAGACUGACACCUUCUUGGAUGACGUCUUCUACUGGACCUGGGGUGACAUCUUGACAGCCUUGAAGAUUUGUGAGCUUUUCUUUUCCAUGGCAGAUUCAUGUGGCCUAAUCCUAAAGCUCAUUGCCUCACUCCUCGCAAAGAUCUCAGCCAAUUCGGAGGUUCCGCUAACACUAGGCACCCUACUGCCUUCCUCCUCCUCCUGCUCAUCCCCUGAUACAUCCGGAUUCAGGUGCUCCUCUUCCACCAAGACCCUUGAAACCAUGAAGACUUGCUUCACUAAGGAGUGGUGGUUUGAUGACCUGAGUCUUCUCGGCCCAAACAUCGUAGAAAAGUUCAUGAGGAUCCUUGGAGCCUAUGGUGCUGAUAACAAGAACCUCAUACUUACCAGGUUCCUAUUGUACUACCUCAAAGAAACAGUCAAAAACCCAACCUUGGACAAGUUACAAUAUGGUGGCCUUGCAGACACUGUAGUCCAUGGGGUGGCGCUGAUGGGGAGGUCAACCUUUUCUUGCAGGGGGCUGUUUUGGGUUCUGAGGUUGGUAUCUGGUCUGGGCUUGAGCAAAGAAUGUAGGUGUAAGUUGGAGAGGCUGAUGGGUGUGAUGCUUGACCAGGCCACUUUGGAUGAUCUCUUGGUAUCAGGGUAUGACGGGGUUGUCUAUGAUGUGAAUCUGGUGCUUAGAUUGGUUAGAGUCUUUGUCAGUGAAGGAGAGGGAGUCAUGCCUUUACAACGUAUGAAGAAGGUUGGGAGGUUGGUAGACAAGUACUUGGGUGAGAUCUCCCCUGACCAGAGCUUGAAGGUGUCCAAGUUUCUCGGGGUGGCUGAGAGCCUGCCAGAUUCUGCCAGGGACUGCUUUGAUGGGGUCUACAGAGCUUUAGACAUUUAUCUUGAGUCACACCCAAAGCUGAACAUUGAGGAGCGCGUGAGACUAUGUCAAUGCCUAAACUAUGAGAAACUCACGCUCGAGACUUGCAAAGACCUUGCCAAGAACAAGAGGAUCCCACCAGGAGUUGCUGUCCAAGCAUUGGCUGCACAACAAUCCAAGCUUCAUAUCAAGACUAUCAGAACGGAUAGGCUUGACACAGAUGCAUCCCAAAGGUUAGUUAUGUGCACUGCAAGGGCUGAGGCCGAGAGGCCUUCUCUAGAGUCGUUGGAUGAGAAGGAUGAGUUGAGACUCGACUUACAGAGAAUGCAGAACAAGGUCAAAGACUUGGAGAAGGUGUGUAGGGAGAUGAAGGGCCAGAUGUCUAAGAUGGUCAAGACCAAGGCCAUUGACAGCACCUGCCACUAUAGAAGUAGGGGAAUGCCUAGGCUCUGUUGACUCACCUCAUUCCUCUUCUUCUCUC